UAACGCUACCUUUCACUCUGCCUUUUCUACCAUUAUCUUCCCUAUUACUAUUCCCUGCAUAAAUACGACCACUACUCUUCCAUGAAGUUUACAACUGUCUAUCAUUAGAAGAUCAAAAAGAAGAAGAAGAAGACCCUCUUUUCUUCUCUUCAAUUAUAAGCGAAAGAAAACAUUUUUCUCUUCUUUCGUUUUUUUCAAUUCAUAGAAACUAUCACCAAAAGGAAUGAUGUUGAAGUUUUCUGCAUGGUUUAUAGCUUUCUUAUGUACAACUGCCCUUUCAUGCAGGAAGGUUGAAGGUUUUCCUAUAUUAAAAUCUCAAGAUUCCUAUCCCUCAAAAUCCGUAGCUCAAGGACAUGACAUUCAUGAUGCAGGUCUAAACCGGAUAGUUAGCUUGGAAUCGGAAGCAAAAGGCAGCGACAGAGACGAAUACUACAAGCAGCAAUAUCACGAAAUUUUUGAGUCAGAUAAAGCAAAGAGUGGAAAGGGCGCAUACGGUGGUGCAAAUAUCCCCCACCACCGUCAAGGAAAAAACGCAGCUCCGUCACUCGUCAGCCCACCUUGCUUUCUGUUAACUGCUACGUUGCAUGUAAUAUUACUUCCAGGUUUACUUCCCAAGCUCUUCUAGGCCAUCAUAUAUCUGCUCCCUUAUUCAUAACAGUAACAAUCAUGAAUCACCAGCAUCCCCCACAAACAAAUGAAACAAGAAAAUAGACAGAUGGAACUUUCUGCCUGUUUGGAGUUGUAUUAUUAUUGUUUAUUUUUUUUUUGGGUGUGGAUUGAGUAUGUUGAUUUCAGUAAGGAAUUUGAUUAUUAGAAGUCUGUCCAUGUCUUCUGUAUCCGUUCCAGCUUUUUUCUACUUUAUACAGGUUUCUCUAUUAUAUUA